CUCCACGCUCUUAGUCCUAUUCUUCUACCUCAGCACGAACAUGAGCACCCCAGAUGAACCCCGCGUCCCGGCCGAGGCCCCCGCGUUUCACUUCGAGUACAGCGUGCUGAAGGGCUUUUUCAUGCAAUCUGAGGACUCGACGGAUGAUAGCGGGUUUGACUUUAAAACACAAAACUUCGGCCUCAUAAACCGCAGUUACGACACAGACAGCAAAGCAGAAAACGAACAAGAAAACCCAUGGCCGCGCUUCGAGCGCUACACACGCCACAUCAACGCCGCGGCACAAGACGGCGAAAGCAUAAAAGUGCUCUUCCUCGGCCGCCACGGACAAGGCUGGCAUAACGUCGCGGAGGCAAAAUACGGGACGAAGGCGUGGGAUUGCUACUACUCCACGCUCCCCGGCCUCUCCAACCUCGUCUGGGCCGACGCACACCUCACCCCCCUCGGCGCCCAACAAGCCCUCGCCGCGCACACACUCUGGAAAACCCAGCUCCCCCUCGGCCUCCCACCCCCAGAAACGCACUACGUCAGCCCCCUAACCCGGACGCUGCAAACCGCUGACCUGACAUUUACUAACCUGCCCCUCUCCAUCCCUUACACACCAGUGGUGAAAGAACUCCUCCGCGAAGCCCUAGGAAUACACACCUGCGACCAGCGCAGCACGCGGUCGCAGAUCGCGGGCGCGUUCCCACACGCCGUGUUCGAGCCCGGGUUCGCGGAGGAGGAUAUGUUGUGGCGGGCUGAUUACAGGGAGCCGGUGAGUGCGCGGCGGUACCGGGUUGCGCGGUUGCUGGACGAUGUGUUUGCGAGUGAUGGGGGUGUGUUUUUGAGUCUGACUGCGCAUUCGGGCGCGAUUGCGAGUCUGCUUGAGGUCUUGGGGCAUCGGGGGUUUGCGCUCGAGACGGGGGGUGUGAUUCCGGUGUUGGUUAGGGGGAGGAGGGUGGAGGGGGAGAGGGGGGUGCCGCCGUGGGAACCGAGUGAUUCGGGGCCUUUGUGUGAUGGGCCGCCUGAGUGA